UAUAUUUUUCACAUACAGUGUUAUUUUUUUUGGUGUGCGGGAGUGAAAUUAUCUAAUUAUUUAGUGAAUUUUAUUAAUUAAAAUUAAUUCUAAAAAUGUCCUUGCUAACAAAUACACUAAGGACUACACUUAAUGGAUUAACAAAAUUAUGUAGAACGACUACAGCAAAUCUUACACCUGCAGCUACCGGUGCCCUUUUGAACAGCAGACAGCUAUCGUUCGAGGAGAAAAGAGCACGAGGACCCUUAGUACGCCGUCAUGGCUAUAAAGAUCACCUUUUACAGGGAGGUUUACUACCUCAUCUAGAUAAUGGACAAAAGUUGCCCAUGCCUGAUUAUCGUCCCAAAAAUGCCUGGAAUACAAAACGUGCCCUAUUCGGUCAGAAUGAUUACAUUGAUAUUUUGGGCAAUGAGCGUUUACAUCCAACAAGAGUUUUGUAUUCGGUACCUUCCUGGUUGCGUGGUGUGUCCGGCAAUGAAUAUCAAGUCUUGUUGCGCAAACGUAAAAUGCUCUCGAAGACACUUUAUCCAGUUGCCCGCCCUACGAAAUGGAAACAUUUACAAAAGCGUAUUUUAUAUUUGUAUAAGUUCUUGAAUCGUAAAACGAAAACUGGCUUUUCUAAGCAAUAAACGAAAAUAUUUUAUUUUGUAUCUAGUAUAUUGGAGCUUUGAAUUAAUGUUAUAGAUGAUUGAUUCAGUAUGAAUAAAUUACAAUUUUAUUGUUACUUUAAAA